AUGAAGAAAUCCAGUCCAGUUUCGGGGGAGAGCUUCGCAGAUAAGAAGGAUAGCAAGAAGGAUAUCAUGGGCAACAGCAUUGAAUGCAUGCCGCCUCGAAAACAUAAACUUAGAGCUGCAGUAACAAACAAAGAGAUAAUUGAAUUAUUAACUAUACCAGAUACUUCGGGAUCAGAAGACAGCCUCGAAGACUACAAAUCCGAGCCUGAAGAUAACCAGAGCUUGGCUAGCUAUCUAUCUGUUGCUAGCACUGGCCCUUCAACAAGUACAAGCUCUUCUAUAAAUCCAAACCCAUCAACCAGUAAACUUAUUACUGCUACAGAUACGACAACAAACAUAAUUAUUGAUAGAAUUUUUCAGGAAAAUGACAGUAAAGGUGAAUGGUCUUCAAGUGACGAAGAGCCAUUGCAGACUGUAUGCAACAAAAAUUAUAAUUUGGAUAUUACUUCACAACGCAUAGAUCCUGUACACGAUGAUGCUGAGUUGUGUGUUAGUGAUGCUCAAUCUGAUGAUUCUGAAAAUUCUGAUUAUGACGAAACAGAAUGGAAGAAGGUAAAUUUAGAGCAGAUAGCUGAAAUAAACAGAAUAUUUCAGGAAGAUGGGUUUAAGCCCAGCUCGCUCUGGUGCAUUUAUUCUAUGUUAAAGACCACAGUAAAGAACAAGAAUAACAUAGACAUAAAAAACUAUUCAAAUCUGACGGCAUUUUUAAAGAGACGCUCUGAUGGGUAUGUUGCAAGAAAAUCGAAGGUACUUUCGCCAACUGACGUCGAAAAGUUUUUAAAAGAAGCCCCCGAUUAUCAGUAUUUAGCAACAAAGGUUGCAAUGAUAUUUGGUGUCACUGGCGCGUGUAGACGCCAAGAACUAAGCGAAGUAACGGCAAAAGACGUAGAAACUCAUGGCCAAAUGCUUUUGAUUAAAAUUAACAACACUAAAAAUAAGGUACCGAGAUUGUUUGCCAUUCACGGUCCAUUUUACGACAUAGUAAAAAAGUACGAAGCGCUUAGGACAGAUAAGGCAAAAUCCGAUCGGUUUUUUCAAAACUACCAGAAGGGUAGAUGCGUGGCUCAGCCAAUAGGCAUUAAUAAAUUUGGUGCAAUGCCUAAAGAAAUUGCCAAGUUUUUAAAUCUACCCGACCCGGAUUUAUACACUGGGCAUAGUUUCCGAAGAACAUCAGCUACAUUGCUAGCUGACUCGGGAGCUGAUUUGCUUACUUUAAAGCGUCAUGGUGGCUGGCGAUCUAGCACAGUUGCUGAGUCUUAUGUUGAAGAUUCAGUUCGAAAUAAGUCCAACAUAUGUACUCAAAUAACCCACGCUAUAAAUCUGGAGCCCCAGGUUAAGAAGAUGUGUCCUGAACCGCAGCCAUCCACCUCCCGUGAUACAAGUUAUUUGUUACCUAGGUUGUCUAUUUCUGAGUCUUUAAAUGAACCACCACCACUUUCAUCCAUAUUUGUACACAAUGAACCCGUAUCACCGACUUUUACGCAAGAAGACAAUAAUGAAAUAUUCACAGAAAUACGCUGCUCUUUAGAAAAAGAGAAGGUCGGCGCAGCAGAACUUCCGUACGCAGGACAAGACAAACUACGCGCCCUGGGAGUGCCUUCGUGCCCCCGAACGAGGAUCUUUAAGGAAGCUGGUAUUCACCAGGAGCUUCACUACAUGUCCAGGAACAUUAUUAGUAAAUUAUGUAUGAAUUUCACCUAA